AAGUCUCUCAGAUUCCAUUACCAUUUGCCCACCAAAACAUUCAGACAAAUAGAAAUAUCUUCAUUCAUUUCUGAAAAAAAUCCAAUUUUUCUUGAUUAUUUCGUAUUCUUAGAUCGAUAAAAGAGCUUGGUUCAGCUGUGUAUUGCUGGUGAUUUAGUUGUAUAGUUAUCUAUUUCUUUUCUCAUCUAGAUUGUUGGAGAAUGAUGAUGAACAGCAGGAGCUGUAUCUGUAUCUCAGCGAUUAAACCCUGUUGUAGAUUUCUCAUUAGUUUCAAAAGCUCGUCCCUUUUCGGAGUUACUCCCACGAGCUCAAUCAGGUUGAUCAAUUCGUCGAAACUACCACUACAGUGUAGGAAGAUUGAAUCCAGAAGUAUUAGAUCUGGUAUUCAUUGCCGUCGUCGGAUUGUUUUGGAUCGGAACGCUUUUUGUAACUCCGAUUCCAUUAGCUGGGGAGGAAGAGGAGGAAGAGGGAGGGGUGUUUUAGUAAUUCCCCGUGUAGCUUCCGACUUUAGGAACCGGUCGAGUUCUUCCUCUUCUUCCUUGAGCUCUCAUGUAAAUAAAGAUAAGAGUUUCGAGAGUAUCUUCGUGAAGCCAUUUGUUUUCGAGGAGUUACCAGAAAAGGAAAGUGAUGCUAAAUUUGGAAAUGUGGGUGUGAAAGGAGAAGAAAAGGAAGAGGAGGUUGUUGUGAUCAGUCAGAGCGAGGCUGAGAGAGAGGCGUGGAAGCUGCUCCGUGGCGCGGUGGUGGAUUACUGCGGGUUCCCUGUGGGGACUGUGGCGGCUAAUGAUCCAGGGGAUAAGCAGACGUUGUUGAACUAUGACCAGGUGUUUAUUCGUGACUUUGUUCCUUCGGCUUAUGCGUUCUUGCUUGAUGGAGAAGGGGAGAUUGUUAGGAACUUUCUCCUUCAGACGUUGCAGUUGCAGAGCUGGGAGAAAACAGUGGACUGUCACAGCCCGGGCCCAGGCCUAAUGCCAGCGAGUUUUAAAGUGAAAUCUGUGCCACGUGAAGGCAACGAUGGUUCGUUUGAGGAGUUUAUAGAUGCAGACUUUGGUGAAUCAGCUAUUGGACGUGUUAGCCCUGUUGACUCUGGCUUGUGGUGGAUCAUAUUGCUGAGAGCUUAUGGAAAACUCACUGGUGACUACACGUUGCAAGAGAGAAUCGAUGUUCAGACAGGGAUCAAGUUGAUCCUCAAGCUAUGCCUAGCUGACGGUUUCGACAUGUUCCCAACUCUUCUUGUGACCGAUGGAUCAUGUAUGAUCGAUAGAAGAAUGGGCAUUCAUGGUCAUCCACUUGAAAUCCAAGCAUUAUUCUACUCAGCUCUCCGCUGUGCUCGUGAGAUGCUCAACGUGAACGAUGAAACCAAGAACUUAGUCGCUGCCGUCAACAGUCGACUAAGCGCUUUAUCCUUCCACAUCAGAGAGUACUAUUGGGUCGACAUCAAGAAGAUAAACGAGAUUUAUCGUUACAGCACUGAGGAGUAUUCACCGGAUGCGACCAACAAGUUCAACAUAUAUCCAGAGCAGAUCCCUUCUUGGCUUGUGGACUGGAUCCCCAACAGAGGCGGUUACUUCAUAGGAAACCUCCAGCCUGCUCACAUGGAUUUCAGAUUCUUCACAUUGGGAAACCUCUGGGCUAUUGUUUCGUCUCUUGGUAACCAGGAACAGAACGAAGGAGUCAUGGCACUGAUCGAAGAGAAAUGGGAUGAUCUCGUUGCAAACAUGCCUCUCAAGAUUUGUUUUCCUGCUCUAGAGCAAGAGGAGUGGAGAAUCAUCACUGGCUCUGAUCCAAAGAACACGCCUUGGUCAUAUCAUAACGGUGGAUCCUGGCCAACUCUCCUCUGGCAGUUCACAUUGGCUUGUAUCAAGAUGGGGAAGCUAGACCUGGCGAAGAAAGCAGUUGCUCUAGCGGAGAAGAGGCUCAAGGAAGACCAGUGGCCUGAGUAUUAUGACACGAGAAGCGGGAGGUUCGUGGGGAAGCAAUCAAGGCUUUACCAGACUUGGACUAUCGCAGGUUUCUUGGCUUCUAAGAAACUCAUUGAACAACCUGAGAAAGCCUCGCUCUUGUUCUGGCAAGAGGACUAUCAGCUGCUCGAGACUUGCGUAUGUGGUCUGAACAAAAGCAGCGGAAGGAAGAAGAACAAGUGUUCGCGUUUCACACCACCAAGAUCUUAGUUCCCUGAAACAUAACUCUUAAAAGACCUUUUUUCAACAUCUGUGCUAAUGACUCAUCAACCAGUUUCUUACUUUUUGUACCUACCAUUCACAUUCAGAAGCUAGAUUCGUGUACUUUUCAUGCAUCAUGUUAUUUUUAAGUCCUGAUAAAAAAUACUGACAUGUAACAAAUUAAUAAUGUAAUUUUAAAAGUUAUAAAUUCCACACAUACAUUUCUUCUAAA